UGGUCUGAGUGAAGCAACAAGGCAGCGGGAGCCUUGCGAACAGGGUUGGCGCCAUGGGGCUGCGGGUGCUGCUGUGUGUGUCCCUGGUGUCCCUCCUCACCCUGCAGGCCCUGCCUGCUCAGGCUUCACCCCAAAGGCCCAAAAGCAGCGAGAAGCGACAGGCUGUGGACACAACUGUCGACGGCGUGGUCAUCCAGAGUUUGAAAGUCCACUGCAAAGUCACCUCUCGCUUCGCCCACUAUGUCAUCACCAGCCAAGUGGUCAACAGCGCCGACCAACCAAAGGAAGUGGCCUUCAGUGUGGAGAUCCCCAAGACGGCCUUCAUCAGUGACUUUGCCAUCACAGCAAACGGGAAAGCAUUCAUCGGGGACAUAAAGGAAAAAGCAAUUGCGUGGAAGCAGUACCGGAAAGCGGCCGUCUCAGGAGAGAAUGCCGGCCUUGUCAGGGCCUCGGGAAGAACGAUGGAGCAGUUCACCAUCCACCUCACCAUCGGUCCCCGCAGCAAGUCCAUGUUCCGGUUGACCUACGAGGACGUGCUGAAGCGAAAUCUCAUGCAGUACGACAUUGACAUCAAAGUCAAGCCCAAGCAGCUGGUGCAUCAUUUUGAGAUCGACGUGGACAUCUUUGAGCCCCAGGGGAUCCGCAAGCUAGAUGUCCAGACCUCCUUCCUCCCCAAGGAACUGGCAGCUCAACUCAUCAAAAAGUCCUUCUCAGGCAAAAAGGGUCAAGUGCUUUUCCGCCCCACCGUGGGCCAGCAGCAAUCCUGCCCCACAUGCUCCACUACCUUGCUGGAUGGGGAGUUCAAGGUGACCUACGAUGUCAAUCGAGACAAGAUCUGCGACCUCCUGGUUGCCAAUAACUACUUUGCCCACUUCUUUGCCCCCCAAAACUUGACGAACCUGAACAAGAACCUGGUUUUUGUGAUUGACAUCAGCAACUCCAUGGAAGGCCAGAAAGUGAAGCAGACGAAGGAAGCACUCCUUAAAAUCCUGGAGGAUGUACGGCCAGGGGACUACUUCGACCUGGUCCUCUUUGGGUCUCAAGUGCAGUCAUGGAGGGGCUCACUGGUGCCAGCAUCCGCUGCCAAUCUGCAAGCAGCUCAGGACUUCGUGCGGCGCUUCUCCCUGGCCGGGGCCACAAACCUGAAUGGAGGUUUGCUCCUGGGAAUUGAGAUCUUGAACAAAGGUCAGAGAAGCAACCCAGAACUCAGCAACCAUGCCCCAAUUCUUAUCAUGUUGACAGAUGGCGAGCCCACAGAGGGAGAGACCGACCGUACCCAAAUCCUCAAGAAUGUCCGCAGCGCCAUUGGGGGCAAGUUCCCGCUCUACAACUUGGGCUUUGGCCACGAUGUGGACUUCAGCUUCCUGGAGGUCAUGUCCAUGGAGAACAAUGGACGGGCCCAGAGGAUCUAUGAGGACCAUGACGCCACCCAGCAGCUGCAGGGUUUCUACAAUCAGGUAGCCACCCCCUUGCUGGUGGAUGUGGAGUUGCAGUACCCCAAGGACACUGUCUCAGAGCUGACCCAGCACAGCCAUAAACAGUACUACGAAGGUUCAGAGAUCGUGGUGGCUGGGCGCAUCGCUGACCAGAAGCUGAGCAGCUUCAAGGCGGAUGUGCGGGCCCAUGCGGAUGGCCGAGAAUUCAAGACCACCUGCCUGGUGGAUGAGGAAGAGAUGAAGAAACUGCUCCGAGAGCGGGGCCACAUGCUGGAGAACCACGUCGAACGCCUCUGGGCCUACCUCACCAUCCAGGAGCUGCUGGCCAAGCGGAUGAAGUUGGAGGGGGCGGAGAAGGCCAAACUGAUGGCCAAGGCCCUGCAGAUGUCGCUAGCCUACCAAUUUGUGACCCCGCUGACCUCCAUGACCGUGAGGGGUUUGGUGGAUGAGGACGGCCUGGAGCCCGUCAUUGACAAGUCAACAGUGGGUCCUCCUCCCUUGGAGAUGCUGGGACCGAAAAGGACGUUCGUGCUGCCGGCGCAGCAGCCUUCUCCGACGCACUCCAGUGUCCCGGUGGGGCCAAUCACAACUGUGGACAGUGACCCCCACUUCAUCAUCCACGUGCCCCGGAAAGAGGACGCACUGUGCUUCAACAUCAACGAAGAGCCCGGCGUGGUCCUGAAUCUGGUGCAGGACCCCAACACAGGCUUCUCAGUGAAUGGGCAGCUCAUAGGCGACAAGGCCAGGAGCCCUGGGCAGCAUGAGGGCACGUACUUCGGACGGCUGGGGAUCGCAAACCCUGUUACGGACUUCCAACUGGAAGUGACUCCUCAGAACAUCACACUAAACCCUGGCUCACAUGGACCUGUGUUUUCCUGGAGGGACCAAGCCUCGCUGCGGCAGGAUGGGGUGAUGAUGACCAUCCACAGGAAGAGGAACCUGGUGGUGUCUGUGGAGGACGGAGGCACCUUUGAGGUGGUCUUGCACCGGGUGUGGAAGGGGAGUGCCAUCCACCAGGCCUUCCUGGGCUUCUACGUGCUAGAUAGUCACCGGAUGUCGGCGCGGACACACGGGCUACUGGGACAAUUCUUUCACCCCUUUGAUUAUAAAGUGUUCGACCUGCACCCAGGCUCCGACCCCACAAAGACAGACGCCACAAUGGUGGUGAAGAACCAACGACUUACCGUCACCAGGGGCUUGCAAAAAGACUUCAGCAAGGACCCCCGGCACGGGGCCCAGGUGACCUGCUGGUUCGUCCACAACAAUGGGGCCGGCCUGAUCGAUGGUGUUCACACUGACUACAUCGUCCCCGCUAUCUUCUGAGCCCCCAGCCAGCACACCUGCCCUGCCUCGGAGGAGGAUAGCAUCCUGACCUGUUUCCCAGGCCACCCCUCCCUCUUCAAGGGGGUCCCCUUUGUCAAAGCAUCCAUGACUUCCAUUAAAG